CAUCUUCUUCACAGCUACAAGUCGCAGUCAGGUUUCUGCAUUGCUCGGCACUUUUUACUUACUACCUUUUGCUCUUAUCCAAGCAAAAGUACUUCCGUAUCAUCCCUCCGCAAACACAAACCCCGGUCUCUCUUUCCGUGCAUACGCAAGAUCGUCGCAAUGGCUUCUGCCCCGCCUCACGACCCCUCACUUCGCAAAACAUUUACCAUUGGCACGCGCAAGUCCAAACUUGCUCUACUCCAAACAGACUUGGUCCAGGCAGCCCUCAAACAAACAUGGCCGGAUCAUGAAUUCAAGAUCCACUCUCGGGAGACUGCAGGCGACCAGAACACAACGAUCGCGCUCCGUGACUUCACGACCAAGAACUUGUGGACCCAGGAAUUGGAGGAUCUUCUUAUCGCCGGCCAUGUGGACUUCAUUGUUCACUCUCUCAAGGAUGUGCCGACUCUCCUCCCCGACUCCUGCACGCUGGGCCCUAUGAUGGAUCGCGAAGAUACAAGGGAUGUGCUGGUGAUGAAAAAGGGACUACCAAACAAGAGUCUGGCCGAGCUGCCAGCAGGAUCCAUUGUCGGCACAUCCUCCAUCCGUCGUACCGCUCAACUCGCUCGCCGCUAUCCCCACCUUAAAGUCAUGGAUGUCCGUGGAAACAUUGGCACUCGCUUGUCGAAGUUGGAUGCAGAGGAUAGCCCGUACACUUGCCUCAUCCUUGCCGCCGCCGGUCUGCUUAGACUGGAUUUGGGAGAUCGGAUCACCAGCUAUUUGGAUUCAAAGAACGGAGGAAUGCUCUAUGCCGUUGGCCAGGGCGCUCUCGGCAUCGAGAUCCGCAAGGAUGACCAAGUCGUACAUGACAUGCUGAAAAACAUCGGUAACAAGCAGACCACCUUUGCCUGUUUGGCGGAGCGUAGCCUUCUGCGUACUCUUGAAGGUGGCUGCAGUGCGCCAUUGGGUGUUGAGUCGGAGUGGAUCCAGGACGCUGAGGGUUCAUCGAAGUUGAGAAUGCGUUCCAUCGUUGUCAGCGUGGAUGGCAAGGAAAGCGCGGAGGUUGAAGUUGACGGGGCUGUUGAUACGCCUGAAGCCGCUGAGAAGUUUGGUGUUACGGUGGCUAAGGCAUUGGUGGAGAAGGGCGCAGACAAGAUCCUUGACGAGAUCCAGCGGAAUAAACAGGCUGCUUAGAGAAACGUCUGAUCAAAAUACACGCUGUAAGAAUCAUGUUGUGGUGGAGAUGCUGGUCUUCUCCCUCACGAGAAGAUAUGUAUGAUGGACAUGGUUAGAUGGAUACCCCACACGAAAUAGGAAACCACCCUUACAUUCUACUAUAGAAGAGAUCGAUUCACUAUUUGUCAGAAUGUUGUAGUAUCCAUGUGCCAUAUUCAUGUAUGUGUCCCCCCCCGGUAUACGAGACAU